GCAAGCUCCAUGGCAAGAAAAAUUUCCCAUCCAAGGCAAAGAUGAAGGACUUGUCCUCGUGUUUUGGUAAAAAAUUGUACGGUCUCUGUAGUUCCUCAACCUUGAUGUGUCAAAGGUUCGUCCUUGUCCGACUGAAUCCAUUCUGGAUUCAACUCUGUUAUUUUAUCUCUCUUUCGUUUCUUGGUUUUGGGUUUCUAAAGGCUUUGAGGACGAGAACCCACGAUUCUUUCACUCCUAGGAACUUGGAUUUUUUCUUCACAUCUGUGUCUGCAGCCACAGUUUCAAGCAUGUCCACCGUUGAAAUGGAGGUUUUCUCCAAUCCCCAACUCAUUGUUUUAACCAUUUUGAUGUUUACAGGUGGAGAGGUUUUCACUUCUAUGGUGGGACUUCAUUUGAGCAAAUCCCAGCUCAAAAGAAGAUGGACAAAUGGAGGAUUACUUUCAGCAGCUGAUGCUCAUCACAUUGAGGUGAUGAGUACAGCUGAAACAAAACGAGAUUCUGAAAAUCUGGAAUCAGGAAAUGAAACUCACACCCAACGCGAUGCUUCUUUAGAUCUUAAGUUGUUGAAAUUCAAUUCAAUAAGGUUCUUGGGUUUUGUAGUUUUGGGUUACCUUUUUUUGGUUCAUUUUCUAGGAAUUAGCUUAGUUUUGUUUUAUCUAGCCAUUGUUUCAAGUGCAAGUAAUGUCCUUAAAACCAAGGGACUAAACAAGGUCACAUUUUCUUUCUUUACCAUUGUUUCAACCUCUGCAAGCUGUGGUUUUGUUCCAACAAAUGAAAACAUGAUGGUUUUUAGCAAGAACUCAGGCCUCCUCCUGAUUCUGGUCCCUCAAGUCCUUCUUGGGAACACAUUAUUUCCUCCUUGCUUAAGGUUUUCUGUUUGGUUCCUGGGAAAAUUCUUCAAGAAGGAAGAAUCUGGGUACCUGUUAUCAGAGAGCAAUAAAGGUGAAAUUGGGUAUCUUCACUUGUUGCCAAGCUUGCACUCUUCCCUUUUGGUUGUUACAGUGUUUGGAUUUAUCAUGAUUCAGUUUAUAUUAUUCUGCUCCAUGGAGUGGAAUUCAGAUGCUUUAAGUGGAUUGAAUUCUUUCCAGAAAAUCGUGGGAGUAUUGUUUCAAGUGGUGAACACGAGACACACAGGUGAAACUAUUGUUGACCUCUCAAUCGUCUCCCCGGCCAUCCUGGUGCUCUUCAUCGUCAUGAUGUAUCUUCCUCCAUAUACAUCUUUCCUUCCUGUAAAUGAUAAUCCACAAACAUCUGGAAGGCCCAAGAAAAGAAGGGGAAAGCUUCUGGAGGAUUUAAUUUUCUCACAGCUUUCAUAUUUAAUCAUCUUUAUCAUCCUUAUUUGCAUCACGGAAAGGAAAAAAAUGAAGGAAGAUCCUCUCAAUUUCAAUGCUUUGAAUAUUGUGGUGGAAGUUAUCAGUGCAUAUGGAAAUGUGGGGUUUACAACAGGAUACAGCUGCAAAAGACAACUGCAACCUGAUAGCAACUGCAAGGACAAAUGGUAUGGAUUUUCUGGGAAAUGGAGUGAUGAAGGGAAAAUUAUUCUCAUGGUGGUCAUGUUUUUUGGAAGACUUAAGAAGUUCAAUAUGGAUGGGGGUAAAGCUUGGAUACUAUUGUAACAUGCAAUUAAAUUCCACCAUUAUGUAU